AUGAUCGGUAUCACCCUGCUUCUUGCCGCAACCUUCGCUGGUGUUGGCACGGCCUGCUCCACGCCGGGUAACUUUAUAGUCACCUUUUACGGCUAUCCAGACAAUUCUCCUCCUGGACCUGCUACAGCCCACGAUUGCGGAGGCCGGAAUUACGUUGCUGGAGGCUCCGGCACCUACGAUGAUCCGGUCACAAUCGCCACUGCACCUGGCGAGCUGAAUGUCUGCGAGAUUGUGUAUAUUCCGCUUCUCACUAAAUAUGGUCGUUACGAGGACGACUGUGCCCAGUGCACCAAAUCUUGUGCUGACCGGCCUGAAGCUACCGACUACAACAACGGGGAAUCUCACAUCGACAUCUGGACCGGAUCACCUGACACCAAUGGCGGCCAGAAUCAGAUUGAUUGCGAGAACAAUCUCACCUUUGGCGGCCGCUACAGUAUCGUGCGCAACCCGCCCACUAAUUACGGCGUGAACACUACACCUCUCUUUGUGGCUCCGAACACCUGCAAUACGCAGAACGUCUACCCUGACAACGAGGCCCAUUGCUAG